GGGUCCAGGCCGUCGCUCCCUCCGCCCCCAGGAGUCACUGCCACCUCCCGGCUGCGCCUCAGCCCAGCAGCUGCGACGCGGCCGCAUCCCAGUGGACGGUGGAGGCAGCAGCGAGCCGGAGCCCGCGUCGCAGCUCUCGGUCACCGGGAGGCUGGGCGAGCCCGCGCGCGAGGACACCUGGCCCAGGCUCGGCGCGGAGCUCUGCGCGCGGCUGGAAAGAAAGUUUAUCAGAGCUUCUUCCUAAACCUCUUAGAAAUAACAGCAUACCUUAAUCUGAGACUUCCCCUGGGCCACAGGCCAUGACGGAUGUGCACCUCGAUACUCCUGAGGGUCAGGAGAAUGCAAGCAACAGUGGCAAGGGAAGCAGCGGCACAGGAAACCAGCAAGAUGUUGCUAUGAGGACAGAUUCAUCGAAAAUGACUGAUGUGGAGCCUGUGGUCAACAAUUUCGCAUCUUCAGCAAGGACAGGCCGCCGGAAUGCUGUGCCAGACAUCCAGGGUUCAGCGGGGACAGGUGGAACCUCAGAGUUGCCCCUCAGACUGGAGGCCCUCUCCAUGGAGGAAGAUGUAAAAAAGAAAGAUGAAGAAACAACACAAUGCCAAUUGGAAAAGCCCCCAAAAGAAGAAAAAUGAAGCCUCAUAAACUCUCAAAAGUGCUGAGUUUCUGUACAUUGAAAGACUUAGUGGCACUGCUUUCCUGAGAUGUUUGAUCUGGUAGUAGCUAUGGUAACAUUACAGCCCUAAGCAACACGUGUGUAUUAGAUACUUCAGUUGUGAUGCUGCUCACUUGGAAUGCAACGACAAUGUCCAAUGUAGGCUAUUAAAAGGCGUAUUAUUUCCAAAUUGCACCCAAGGAAAAGGCUAAGAAUGUAUGUUCACUUAUAUACAAAUCAUUAUCCAUAAACCCAACAAAAUCCACUCCUCUCUUUGGAAAAAUACCAGAUGUAUUUUUAAUUACGUUUUUAUGGUAAUGGAUAAACCGUUUUCUUGGUAAAUAUACAGCAAACACCAUUCAUUUAAAACUAUGGAAUUUGUAGGGCAUUAUUAUUAUUUUCAUGAGAAGGAAUAAUAGUCUAAACCACAUAGAGAACCUUUGUUUUUAAACCAAAAAUGCAUUAUUUCCCCCCAAACUCUAAAAUGAUUUGGAAACAUUGCAAAAGUUUGACAACCUAAAUAUCUUUAGGAUGUUUUUGUUUGAUGUAUUUUGCUUCUGGUCUAUGCAUACUGUGAUUUUUCAUGUGGACUCUUAAAAUCCAGAAUUUGUGACAAAUGGUUUAUAUGGAACAUGCCGAUUAAAAUGAAUUUCACUAUCUUCCUUAA